CCUUAAAUUAAGACCAAAAAGCUAGUUUUUGUUUUGACGAAUUUUGACGAUACAUCUAGCUAGUGGAAACCUCAUUUGAAUGAAGGAGCAAUUUGUCGGUACAGUAGCUAGCAACUGUCAUGUCUAUCCGAUUUCUUAUAAAACUCGAGUUAAAGAAGAAUCAUCGGUCACUGUUUUCUUUCAAUGUCGAGGAGCUGGUUAUCACAGUUGUUAACUUUUACAUGUGUUAAGUUCCAGGAUUACUCGCUUGAUUGGCAAACAAAGGCUAUUUUGCAAGUUAGCUUGCUUGACACUGAUAUUACCAGCCAACGCCCGGUAGCAACCGUCGCUGGCUAGCUUUUAGGCUUUUUCUUCUUGCACCGGGCUCAUAUUGAAAAAUGUCAUACGUGGACUGACAAAGGCUACUGCUGUCAAAUGAACUGUCAGACCUCAUAAGUAACAGAAGGACUUGUGGUUAAGUGCAUCAUAUCUAACUAGCAUGUUACACUUGUUCCCUGUAUCUGUUAAAGUCCUAGGGCAAUUAUAAAGUUCUGUUCCCAUUAUGGUGUAUAGUUUUUAGGAUGUUUUUUACUGUAGUUAUUCCAUUUGUUAGCAAUGAAUGCACAAUCAUGACCCUAUUGACAAUUUGAUUGUGCUAGUCAUCAAUGACUGACUGCCUUAGCCGAGAAUCUGAAAUGAAACUAAAAUGUAUGAUACACUCCUGCAGUAAGUGGAGUGGAUGUCUGAGCCUCGGGUCACUGUGGGGCAAGAUGAGGCAGGGGCCGGGAGAGAGGAGAAAGAAGCUGAAUCUGCACCACUGAAUCAGCCCUCCAAUGAAGCCUCCAGGCCUGGACAGCUAAGGUUGGUACCUCUGAUGACCCUCACAACAGUCUUCCUGCUUUCAGAAAAGUUCCAUUAUUCUUAGGGGUGCGCUAAUGAGCACUGCUGGCUUGGUUAUGAUGCGCCCACCAUAGUAGCUGGAACUCUGCUGAAAAGGACAGUGUGACAAGAACAUGUCAGAGCCUAUAACGUUUGGGUUGACACAGAUGUGUAAGAAGGGUAUAACAGUCCCAUCCCACACUGUUCUUUCUCACAGGCUGCCCUCAGGCUCUCGGCUCCCCUCUGCUGAACCGAGCCCUUCCCCGUCUGCUGAAGGAAGCGGCUUGCUGUCGUUGCCGUGGGAGAUGGUGGCUCGCAUCGCCUCGCACCUCCCAGCACAGUGUGUCAUCACGGUCCUGCCACAGGUGUGUGUGUCAGUGGACAGCGUCAUACCUGUCCUGGAUACCGAUCUGCUUCUGCUUUAGCUUGUCCAGCAUGCCAAUGACAACAGAGUUGGCAAAACAUUUUUACAUUUACAGUGGGGAAAAAAUGUAUUUAGUCAGCCACCAAUUGUGCAAGUUCUCCCACUUAAAAAGAUGAGAGAGGCCUGUAAUUUUCAUCAUAGGUACACGUCAACUAUGACAGACAAAAUGAGAUUUUUUUUCUCCAGAAAAUCACAUUGUAGGAUUUUUAAUGAAUUUAUUUGCAAAUUAUGGUGGAAAAUAAGUAUUUGGUCAAUAACAAAAGUUUCUCAAUACUUUGUUAUAUACCCUUUGUUGGCAAUGACACAGGUCAAACGUUUUCUGUAAGUCUUCACAAGGUUUUCACACACUGUUGCUGGUAUUUUGGCCCAUUCCUCUAGAGCAGUGACGUUUUGGGGCUGUCGCUGGGCAACACAGACUUUCAACUCCCUCCAAAGAUUUUCUAUGGGGUUGAGAUCUGGAGACUGGCUAGGCCACUCCAGGACCUUGAAAUGCUUCUUACGAAGCCACUCCUUUGUUGCCCGGGCGGUGUGUUUGGGAUCAUUGUCAUGCUGAAAGACCCAGCCACGUUUCAUCUUCAAUGCCCUUGCUGAUGGAAGGAGGUUUUCACUCAAAAUCUCACGAUACAUGGCCCCAUUCAUUCUUUCCUUUACACGGAUCAGUCGUCCUGGUCCCUUUGCAGAAAAACAGCCCCAAAGCAUGAUGUUUCCACCCCCAUGCUUCACAGUAGGUAUGGUGUUCUUUGGAUGCAACUCAGCAUUCUUUGUCCUCCAAACACGACGAGUUGAGUUUUUACCAAAAAGUUAUAUUUUGGUUUCAUCUGACCAUAUGACAUUCUCCCAAUCCUCUUCUGGAUCAUCCAAAUGCACUCUAGCAAACUUCAGACGGGCCUGGACAUGUACUGGCUUAAGCAAGGGGUCACGUCUGGCACUGCAGGAUUUGAGUCCCUGGCGGCGUAGUGUGUUACUGAUGGUAGGCUUUGUUACUUUGGUCCCAGCUCUCUGCAGGUCAUUCACUAGGUCCCCCCGUGUGGUUCUGGGAUUUUUGCUCACCGUUCUUGUGAUCAUUUUGACCCCACGGGGUGAGAUCUUGCGUGGAGCCCCAGAUCAAGGGAGAUUAUCAGUGGUCUUGUAUGUCUUCCAUUUCCUAAUAAUUGCUCCCACGGUUGAUUUCUUCAAACCAAGCUGCUUACCUAUUGCAGAUUCAGUCUUCCCAGCCUGGUGCAGGUCUACAAUUUUGUUUCUGGUGUCCUUUGACAGCUCUUUGGUCUUGGCCAUAGUGGAGUUUGGAGUGUGACUGUUUGAGGUUGUGGACAGGUGUCUUUUAUACUGAUAACAAGUUCAAACAGGUGCCAUUAAUACAGGUAACGAGUGGAGGACAGAGGAGCCUCUUAAAGAAGAAGUUACAGGUCUGUGAGAGCCAGAAAUCUUGCUUGUUUGUAGGUGACCAAAUACUUAUUUUCCACCAUAAUUAGCAAAUAAACUCAUUAAAAAUCCUACAAUGUGAUUUUCUGGAUUUUGUUUUCUCAAUUUGUCUGUCAUAGUUGACGUGUACCUAUGAUGAAACUUACAGGCCUCUCUCAUCUUUUUAAGUGGGAGAACUUGCACAAUUGGUGGCUGACUAAAUACUUUUUUUCCCCCACUGUACAUUUUAGUCAUUUAGCAGACGCUCUUAUCCAGAGCGACUUACCUUACCAUUUUCAUACUGGCCCCCCUGGCCCCCCGUGGGAAUCGAACCCACAACCCUGGCGUUGCAAGCGCCAUGCUCUACCAACUGAGCUACACGGGGCCUAAUGCCAUAAUAGACUGGAAACCAUGCUAGGCUAGGGACAUUUGGAAAAAGCUACAGGCUUAAUCUUUUAGAAAAAGAAAUGGUUGAGUUGUUUAUGUAUCUGAGCUGUACUGGGCUGUCCUGACCUGGUUACACAUCCAUCAUAGCUGCUGGAAACAUGCUGGAAAGGAUCUUGUGAAAAUAAAAUGUCCAAGUCAGCCUAGUACGGUUCAGGCCAGCCCUACAGUGUGAAUCAGGUCCAUGUCUCUCCCUCUACAGGUGUGUCACGCCCUGGGAAAUGUGGGUAAGGACAGCACGGCAUGGCAGUUGCGGGCAUGCAGGCUAACCGGUCCCAGAGCCUCCUUCCCCGUGGGGCCACGGGACGGCUUUGACUGGCCCUCGGCCUGCCUGGAGAUGGAGGAGCUGAUCACUUGCUGGACGGGCCAGGGGGAGAGGGCCGCCAGGGAGGCCGAGCAGGCAGAGAGGGAGAGAGAGGUGGAGAGGGCCCAGGAGAGGGAAAGGGAUAGAGAGGCCCUGGCAGAGGAAGGGAUUGGAGAGUGGGAGGAGGUGGAAGAGGGCAGGCCCCAAGUGGAUGAGGGGAUAGAGGUAGAGGAGGUAGGUUUUCGGGUGGAGGGAGUGAUGGCAGUACCGUGGGAUGGGGAGGAGUUGAUGGAGGAGGGAGAGAUGCAGCAAGAUGGGGGAGGGGAUCUACCGAUGGGAGUUGGGGAGGGAGAGGAGAGGCAGGAGGCUGCAGCCGAGGCCAUGAUGGAGGAGGAGAGAGAUGAUGAACAAGGGGUCCUGGAGGCCAUCGAGGUGGAGGAGAGAGAUGAUGAACAAGGGGUCCUGGAGGCCAUCGAGGUGGAGGAGAGAGUGGGAGUUUUGGCGGAUAGAGACGGUCAAGAUUACAUAGCGGGCCCGAAACUGGGAGGAGAGGGAGAGAGAAACGGGUCCAGCUGCCCUCCCAGUCCUCCCCCAGCCCUGGAGCGCCUCUCCCUCCCCUCAGGGCACAUUGCUGAGGUCAACUCGGUUCUCUUGGUGGGGGGAGAGGGGGCAGUGUGUGCCUCAGGCUCCCGGGACAGGAACGUGAACCUGUGGGACCUACGGGAGGGGGGCUCCACGGGCAGGCUGCUCCAUACACUGGGGGGCCAGGGCCUCUUCAGCACCCACAAAGGCUGGGUGUGGUGCCUGGCGGCCCGGGGACCCCUGCUGGCCUCGGGCUCCUUCGACAGCACAGUGAGGCUAUGGGACCUGGGGGCCCAAGGGGCUGAGAGGGGCCUAAUCAGGGCCCGGGCUGCCGUGCUCUGCCUGGCCCUCCCCCAGACGGACGUGCUGCUGGCCGGCACCUAUGACAAGAAGGUCAGCGUCUACGACACCAGAGGUGAGUGAUUCAUAAGAAGGGCACUUGUAGUCUCUGUUCUACUAAAUUAGAUUAUAUCAGUCGAUAAAAGUGAACACAAACAAUACUAAUGGUUAUCGUAUAGAAAUAGACUUACUGAGGGGUAAUUGGACAAAGGGCCUUUUCCCGUCUAGUAAUUAUAUUUCUAUGCGUUAUCCUUUGGUUGGCCAAAUGGACUGCCCAUUCAGAAUAUAUCAGUUGAUUAGAGCAAAUCCAGAAACUAUCAAUUGUCAGACGUCGUUGGAUGAUGAUGUCAUGAUCUGUCUGUGCUGCAGUGGCGGAGCCCCUUGUGAAGAGCCUGCGUCUCCAUAGCAACGCGGUGCUGUGCCUGGUAGCAGACGAGCAGUACAUCCUAUCUGGGAGUAAAGACCGCACUGUGGUCAUCUACGACCGAAGAGCAGGGAAAACCCUGCAGAAACUACAGGUACAAACACACACACACACACAUAUACACAUGCAUGCGAACACACACACUUACACACAGACUGUAUAAGAAUAGUAGAAUAAUUACAAUUUACUGUUCAUGUACUCCCCACACUUAGGGUUGCAAAGGGAGGGUAUAUUACUGGAAACUUUCAAAGUAUUUUGGGGUACUUCAGAUCAUCACAGGUGUGUGUAGACACAGAUAUAAAAAAUUAAUACUGUUAUUUAUAUAUAUGUAUAUUAGUGCAUUCGGAAAGUAUUCAGACCCUUUCCCUUUUUCCACAUUUUGUUACGUUACAGCCUUAUUCUACAAUGGAUUUUAAAAAGUUUUCCCUCAUCAAUCGACACACAAUACCCCAUAAUGACAAAGUGAAAACAGGUUUUUAUAAAAUUUUUCAAAUGUAUUACAAAUAGAAAACAGAAAUACCUUAUUUACAUAAGUAUUCAGCUCUUUGCUAUGAGACUUGAAAUUGAGCUCAGGUGCAUCCUGUUUCCAUUGAUCAUCCUUGAGAUGUUUCUACAACUUGAUUGGAGUCCACCUGUGGUAAAUUCUAUUGAUUGGACAUGAUUUGGAAAGGCACACACCUAUCUAUAUAAGGUCCCACAGUUGACAGUGCAUGUCAGAGCGAAAACAAAGCCAUGAGGUCGAAGGAAUUGUCCGUAGAGCUCCGAGACUGGAUUGUGUCGAGGCACAGAAGGGUACCAAAACAUUUCUGCAAGACUGAAGAUCCCCAAGAACACAGUGGCAUCCAUCAUUCUUAAAUGGAAGAAGAUUGGAACCACCUAGACUCUUCCUAGAGCAGGCCACACUGCCAAAUUGAGCAAUUGGGGGAGAAGGGCCUUGGUCAGGGAGGUGACCAAGAACCCGAUUGUCACUCUGACAGAGCUGCAGAGUUCCUCUGUGGAGAUGGGAGAACCUUUCAGAAGAACAACUAUCUCUGUAGCACUCCACCAAUCAGGCCUUAAUGGUAGAGUGGCCAGACGGAACCCACUCCUCAGUAAAAGGCAAAUGACAGCCCACUUGGAGUUUGCCAGAAGGCGCCUAAAGGACUCUCAGACCAUGAGAAACAAGAUUCUCUGGUCUGAUGAAACCAAGAUUGAACUCUUUGUUCUGAUUCCAAGCGUCACGUCUGGAGGAAACCUGGCACCAUCCCUACGGUGAAGCAUGGUGGUGGCAGCAUCAUGUUGUGGGGAUGUUUUUCAGUGCCAGGGACUGGGAUACUAGUCAGGUUCGAGGGAAAGAUGAAUGGAGCAAAGUACAGAGAGAUCCUUGAUGAAAACCAGCUCCAGAGCGCUCAGGACCUCAGGCUGGGGGCGAAGCUUGUAGCGUCAUACCUAAGAAGACUUGAGGCUGUAAUUGCUGCCAAAGGUGCUUCAACAAAGUGCUGAGUAAAGGGUCUGAAUACUUAUGUGAAUGUGAUAUUCAUUUAUUGUUGUAUUUUUAAUUUUUGCAAACAUUUCUAAAAACCUGUUUUUGCUUUGUCAAUAUGGGGUAUUGUGUGUAGAUUGAUGAGGGGGAAAAAACAAUUUAAUCAAUUAUAGAAUAAGGCUGUAACGUAACAAAGUGGAAAAAGUCAAGAGGUCUGAAUACUUUCUGAAUGCGCUGUGUGUGUGUGUGUGUGUAUAUAAUAUUAAUUUGAUAUUACUUUAUAUUAUGAAUACAUUUUAAAACAUUAUUCCAGUAUAAAUUCCCAAAGUUACCAUAGAUUGCCAUAGUUUACCUGUUAAUUAGAAAAAUUACAGAAGAUUCCGGUAACUGGUAAUUUACCGGUUGCUUUGCAACCCUACCCACACUCACCAACACACAUCCCUACAUAACUAUCCUUUUUCCCAUUAGAAGGUGGUCUAUCAGUUCACUGGGAGUGGAUUAUAGCCAGACCCAUAUCUGUUUGUGCUGUUUUUUUUUUGUUUUUUUUGGGGGGGGGGGUAGAUCAGCUUUAAUAUUGCAGAUAGAUUGUAGCUUCGAUCAAUGUAAUUGUUUGCAUCAUUUCCAAGUAGGCUUCUACUUCCAGCUUAUACGGGCACAAUGUCUUUUACAAUAGAUAUCUUUUGUUUGUUUUUAAUCCCAUCCUUCAGCUACCCUCAACCCCUCCCAUUUAUCUCUGAAGACCAUCCAGUUUGAUUUCUAUUUGCCAUAUACUUUUAACUGUGCUGUUUCACAAAAGUUCUGAACCUAUAUAGAUGUUACGGACACAGCAUAUUUUACAUUAGCUAUCGUGUUGUUUUUAGUCCCACCCUUCAGCUCCACUCAACCCCCACCAUCUAUCUCUUAACACCAUCCAUUUUUAUUCUUCUAUUUGCCAUAUAUUUUUCAACUGUGCUGUGAUGUUUCUCAAAAGUUCUGAACCUUUCUAUUCUCAUAGUUUCUACAGAUUGUAAAUUAAAGAUACUGAUUUUUGCUAAAAGUAUUAUAUUAUUGAUCGAUUGACAAUUACUUUUCAAAUCACCCAGCAGUGCUAUUUGCAGAGUUAGCUAUUUGCAGAGUUAGCUUCAGCCAUUCCUGGACCUGCGACCAAAAACAAGCUACAUAUGGACAGUACCAAAACAAAUGAUCUAAUGAUUCUGUCUCUUCGCAGCAAAAUCUGCAGAGCUGGGAUGGUUGUAUCCCCCAUAUAUAUAACAUUCUAUUGGUUGCAAGAAUUUUGUACAGUGGGGAAAAAAAGUAUUUAGUCAGCCACCAAUUGUGCAAGUUCUCCCACUUAAAAAGAUGAGAGAGGCCUGUAAUUUUCAUCAUAGGUACACGUCAACUAUGACAGACAAAUUGAGAAAAAAAAUGAAUUUAUUUGCAAAUUAUGGUGGAAAAUAAGUAUUUGGUCACCUACAAACAAGCAAGAUUUCUGGCUCUCACAGACCUGUAACUUCUUCUUUAAGAGGCUCCUCUGUCCUCCACUCGUUACCUGUAUUAAUGGCACCUGUUUGAAAAUGUUAUCAGUAUAAAAGACACCUGUCCACAACCUCAAACAGUCACACUCCAAACUCCACUAUGGCCAAGACCAAAGAGCUGUCAAAGGACACCAGAAACAAAAUUGUAGACCUGCACCAGGCUGGGAAGACUGAAUCUGCAAUAGGUAAGCAGCUUGGUUUGAAGAAAUCAACCGUGGGAGCAAUUAUUAGGAAAUGGAAGACAUACAAGACCACUGAUAAUCUCCCUCGAUCUGGGACUCCACGCAAGAUCUCACACCGUGGGGUCAAAAUGAUCACAAGAACGGUGAGCAAAAAUCCCAAAACCACACGGGGGGACCUAGUGAAUGACCUGCAGAGAGCUGGGACCAAAGUAACAAAGCCUACCAUCAGUAACACACUACGCCGCCAGGGACUCAAAUCCUGCAGUGCCAGACGUGACCCCCUGCUUAAGCCAGUACAUGUCCAGGCCCGUCUGAAGUUUGCUAGAGUGCAUUUGGAUGAUCCAGAAGAGGAUUGGGAGAAUGUCAUAUGGUCAGAUGAAACCAAAAUAGAACUUUUUGGUAAAAACUCAACUCGUCGUGUUUGGAGGACAAAGAAUGCUGAGUUGCAUCCAAAGAACACCAUACCUACUGUGAAGCAUGGGGGUGGAAACAUCAUGCUUUGGGGCUGUUUUUCUGCAAAGGGACCAGGACGACUGAUCCGUGUAAAGGAAAGAAUGAAUGGGGCCAUGUAUCGUGAGAUUUUGAGUGAAAACCUCCAGCCAAUCAGUAAGGGCAUUGAAGAUGAAACGUGGCUGGGUCUUUCAGCAUGACAAUGAUCCCAAACACACCGCCCGGGCAACGAAGGAGUGGCUUCGUAAGAAGCAUUUCAAGGUCCUGGAGUGGUCUAGCCAGUCUCCAGAUCUCAACCCCAUAGAAAAUCUUUGGAGGGAGUUGAAAGUCCGUGUUGCCCAGCGACAGCCCCAAAACAUCACAGCUCUAGAGGAGAUCUGCAUGGAGGAAUGGGCCAAAAUACCAGCAACAGUGUGUGAAAACCUUGUUAAGACUUACAGAAAACAUUUGACCUGUGUCAUUGCCAACAAAGGGUAUAUAACAAAGUAUUGAGAAACUUUUGUUAUUGACCAAAUACUUAUUUUCCACCAUAAUUUGCAAAUAAAUUCAUAAAAAAUCCUACAAUGUGAUUUUCUGGAAUUUUUUUUCUCAUUUUGUCUGUCAUAGAUGACGUGUACCUAUGAUGAAAAUUACAGGCCUCUCUCAUCUUUUUAAGUGGGAGAACUUGCACAAUUGAUGGCUGACUAAAUACUUUUUUUCCCCACUGUAUAAUAAUUUAAAUAGAAAAUUGUUAUUCUAAAUCCGUCGUCGUUUUGCGUAUCAGUUCAUAAACCAUGUGCCAUGGAAUCGGUACAUCGAAAAUCUCUUCCCAACUAUUUUGUAAUCUAAACUCAGCAAAAAAAGAAAUGUCCUCUCACUGUCAACUGCGUUUAUUUUCAGCAAACUUAAAAUGUGUAAAUAUUUGUAUGAACAUAACAAGAUUCAACAACUGAGACAUAAACUGAACAAGUUCCACAGACAUGUGACUAACAGAAAUUGAAUAAUGUGUCCCUGAACAAAGGGGGGGGGGGGGGGGGGGUCAAAAUCAAAAGUAACAGUCAGUAUCUGGCCACCAGCUGCAUUAAAUACUGCAGUGCAUCUCCUCAUGGACUGCACCAGAUUUGCCAGUUCUUGCUGUGAGAUGUUACCCCACUCUUCCACCAAGGCACCUGCAAGUUCCUGGACAUUUCUGGGGGGAAUGGCCCUAGCCCUCACCCUCCGAUCCAACAGGUCCCAGACGUGCUCAAUGGGAUUGAGAUCCGGGCUCUUCGCUGGCCAUGGCAGAACACUGACAUUCCUGUCUUGCAGGAAAUCAUGCACAGAACGAGCAGUAUGGCUGGUGGCAUUGUCAUACUGGAGGGUCAUGUCAGGAUGAGCCUGCAGGAAGGGUACCACAUGAGGGAGGAGGAUGUCUUCCUGUAACGCACAGCGUUGAGAUUGCCUGCAAUGACAACAAGCUCAGUCCGAUGAUGCUGUGAUACACCGCCCCAGACCAUGACGGACCCUCCACCUCCAAAUCGAUCCUGCUCCAGAGUACAGGCCUCGGUGUAACGCUCAUUCCUUCGACGAUAAAUGCGAAUCCGACCAUCACCCCUGGUGAGACAAAACCACGACUCGUCAGUGAAGAGCACAUUUUGCCAGUCCUGUCUGGUCCAGCGAUGGUGGGUUUGUGCCCAUAGGCGAUGUUGUUGCCGGUGAUGUCUGGUGAGGACCUGCCUUACAACAGGCCUACAAGCCCUCAGUCCAGCCUCUCUCAGCCUAUUGCGGACAGCCUGAGCACUGAUGGAGGGAUUGUGCGUUCCUGGUGUAACUUGGGCAGUUGUUGUUGCCAUCCUGUACCUGUCCCGCAGGUGUGAUGUUCGGAUGUACCGAUCCUGUGCAGGUGUUGUUACACGUGGUCUGCCACUGCGAGGACGAUCAGCUGUUCGUCCUGUCCCUCUGUAGCGCUGUCUUAGGCGUCUCACAGUACAGACAUUGCAAUUUAUUGCCCUGGCCACAUCUGCAGUCCUCAUGCCUCCUUGCAGCAUGCCUAAGGCACGCUCACGCAGAUGAGCAGGGACCCUGGGCAUCUUUCUUUUGGUGUUUUUCAGAGUCAGUAGAAAGGCCUCUUUGGUGUCUUAAGUUUUCAUAACUGUGACCUUAAUUGCCUACCGUCUGAAAGCUGUUAGUGUCUUAACGACCGUUCCACAUGUGCAUGUUCAUUAAUUGUUUAUGGUUCAUUGAACAAGCAUGGGAAACAAUGUUUAAACACUUUACAAUGAAGAUCUGUGAAGUUAUUUGGAUUUUCAUGAAUUAUCUUUGAAAGACAGGGUCCUGAAAAAGGGAUGUUUCUUUUUUUGCUGAGUUUAUAUGGCACAGCUGUCAAUGUUUUGGUCCUUAAAUGAAACUGGUAUACUUUUUGAUUUAUCACAAUUUUCUUUAACCAAUUUUGAUCUUUAAUGCAGGGCCAACAGACAAGUUCCUUACUUUCUCCCCCUUCCGCUUGUGCUGUUUUGUCUUAUUUGUUUCGACAAUGACCAGGAGUUGGCAAGUCUGCACAAACAGAUCCAGGACCAGGCUAUAAUAGGUUAAUAUGUGUGUCUUCAUUCUGGUUUGUCUCCUCUCCCCAGCUGAGCUCCUACCUGCUGUCAAUGUGCUACAGUGGCAGUGAGGUGUGGGCGGGGGACAACCGGGGCAUGCUCCAUGCCUUCUCCAUGCAGGCCGGUUCCGUCAAGCCCCUCUCCCAGUUCGACGUGGGACACACCUCGCUGGUCACCGGCAUCCACAGGUCCCCUGGGAGCCUCUACACCUGCUCCGCUGACCGCACCAUCAAGGUACGUCAUGUUAGCCUGGUUAAACCAGUCUGAAUGCUGUGAAACAAUGGUGAACAUGGCGUUCUGUCUGGUUUAUGCCAGGCAUACACUACACGAUUUUGCCACGUUUUUGCCGUCCCAGAUUGAAAUUUCAUGAUCGGGGUAAAAUCCUAUGAAUUUGGACUAGGGUCAGUACUUCGGGACCCAUUUGUUUGAGCGGGUCAAGGACUCACCGAUGAUGGCUGUUCUGUUCUCCAGACCCCUGUCGGAUGUCCCAAUAAUUUUCUGACAUGUCAGACAUUUUUGUUGUGUAUCUUGUAGUAUGAGCAGUGCUACAACGCGAUUGGGCAAGGUCUGCUGCCAAUAGCCAAUGAGCAUUCAGCAUGUGAGACCAAAACAAAGAGGAAAGCAACAACAACAAAAUGCAUGGUGUGGACCGAGGUGAUGGAAGAUUUUGUUUUACAUGGCCCGGUGCCCCAAAUGGGUGGAGUUAGAUAUUUUAGACCAUUCCAUUGGUCCUUAAGUGAAAUCUCCACCCACCUGGGGCACCGGGCCUUGCAAAACGAAUUCCAGCAAUAUUAAAUCUGCGUCCAUGAUAGAAACCAAAAAGAGAAUUUCAUAUUAUCAUUAUUAUUUCAUAUGAAGUACAUAUUCUGGGCCUCCGUCUUUUUUAUGUUUCUGCACAUAAUAAUGUGCACACUAAUAAAGCAGCUUACUGUUUGCGUGUCGGCAUUUUUUUCCUACGACAACCGAGAAACACAGGGUAGCUAGGGAAUCAUCGUGUAAUGUGAGAACCCACAUCCUUGGGUUGAGGAUGGACAGAAUGAAAGAUUUGAAGGAAAUGUGAGCACGUCCAAGUUGUUAAGAUUUUAGAACAGCAUUAGCCAGGCUUACACCCUGGAGCCCACUAAUUGAAUAGAAUAGAAUGUCUUUAUUGUCCAUCCGGGGAUGGGAAUUUGUCUUUGCAUCACAAUACAAUAAUGAUUAUAACAUAUGUAGUAAUAUCUCUUCAGCUCUGUUGUAAUGGUAUUCUGUUUAGGGGUUUUAGAUAGAUUUCUACUUUAUUGUCCUCAAAGAGGAUGAUAAUUUUCACUCCCAUUUGCGUCGGCUAAUGCUGAUACUAAUAAAUCAAAUCAGUUACAAACAACAUUAAACCAUUAUCAAAACCGUGUGCGUUGAUGACAUGGAUGUACAAAAUCCAUGUUUCUUCCUUCCCUGUUCCUAUCUUAUCAACCAUUCAUUUUCCAGGUGCACCUCCCCUGUGCCCCUCCAAGGACGCUGUGCACACUGCACCACCAAGCAGGCGUCAAUGGGGUGAGUCUCUCCCCUCUCUCUCACAUUGUCACUUUUUUUAUUUAGAGAUUCUGAUGGCUUGUAGGUGUCCUGUUAAUCUCUCUCCUUAGUCUCCUACCUUUAUCUGGUUGAAGAAAAAUGUGUUUUACUCUCUCUCUCUCUGUUCCUCUCUCUCUCUCUGUAGUUGAGUGUGGAGGCAGGAGUGCUGGCUAUCGCCUCAGGAGAAAUGUGUGUGGAGGUGUGGAGGGCAAGGAGGUGAGUGGGGCCACAAGGGCCACCACACCCACCCUAAUCUACUUACGUUCCUGAAGUGAUGCAAGAUGACUGACGUAUAAUGCUCUGUCAUUUACAUGAACAACUUUCUCAUAUGCAGUGAGAAUGUUGAUGUGAAGGACCAGUGUUCUUAGCUUUACACCCAAAAACUAUAUACAAAACUAAAAUAUUUUGUGUCUGUGUGAUUCCCAUGCAUUUUUUCAAAGAAAAGAACACACAAAAAAGCUC